UCCGGGCCGGGCCGCUGGCGGCGGGACGCGUGUCCGCCGCCGACUGCGCUCCCCGCGCCGACAUGAGGUUCCGGGCCAAGAUCGUGGACGCGGCCUGUCUGAACCACUUCACCCGCGUGAGCAGCAUGGUAGCCAAGCUGGCCAAGACGUGCGCGCUGCGCCUGAGCCCGGACAAGCUGCACUUCAUCCUGUCGGACAAGCUGGCGGGCGGCGGCGCCAGCCUGUGGUGCGAGCUGCGGCAGGAGGACUUCUUCAGCGAGUUCCAGAUGGAGGGCGUCUCGGCCGACAGCAACGAGAUCUACCUGGAGCUGACGUCCGAGAACCUCGCCCGCGCCCUGAAGACGGCGCCGAACGCCAGGGCGCUGAAGGUCAAGCUGACCAACAAGCACUUCCCGUGCCUCACCGUCUCGGUGGAGCUGGUGUCCAUGUCAAGCAGUAGUCGCAUCGUGACGCACGACAUCCCCAUAAAGGUCAUCCCGAGGAGAUUGUGGAGGGACUUCCGGGAGCCCUGCAUCCCAGAUGCUGACGUUAGCAUUUAUUUACCUGUCCUGAAGACCAUGAGGAGUGUGGUGGAAAAGAUGAAAAACAUCAGCAACCACCUCGUUAUUGAGGCAAACCUCAAUGGAGAACUGAACUUGAAAAUAGAAACGGAGCUGGUGUGCGUGACGACUCACUUUACAGAUCUGGGGAACCCCCCGCUGGCCUCUGAAAAUGCCUCCCAAGACAGAAGCCCGGAACAGAUGGCCGAAGUGCACAUAGACAUCAAGAAGCUGCUGCAGCUCCUGGCUGGGCAGCAGAUAUUGUGCAUAACAGGAUUGUUCACUUUGAUCUGCUUCAUGAAGACGUCUCCCUCCAGUAUUUCAUCCCGGCCUUGUCCUAGCAGCGUCUCGCCUGGUAGGACGGGACCGGUGAACGCAGGGACCUUUGUCCUGACGGCGGAGGCCGUGCCUGGGAGUCCUGAGGUGUUCGUCUGUCCUCACUGUGCCACCGAUCUCCCCGCGGUGCUUACUCCGUCCCGCUGGAGUGUUUGAACUUCAGAUGGAGUUAAUGACGUACAGUUGGAUAAACACUGCUUCGCGUUACGCACGUCUGUCUGGUUUUGCCUUGAAGACAUCGAGAACGCUAGGGUUCCUCCAGACUUUAAGCAGCAGUUUCUGGUUGACGCCAUAGAGGGCUCAGAACUGGCAAGAGUGGCUCCAGCUCAGCACGGGGCCAGCUCACCCAGGGCACCGGCACCGGCACAGAAGGGCCGCCUCCCAGUCACCUCCGUGCUGCAGCGUGUGGUGCCUCCGUCUGAUGCGCGAAGACACAAGCCCACUCCCCUCUGGGUGCUUGGACAGCAGCCACGCAGGCCGCGUUCCCGCCCCUCGGCUUCUCCCGGAGGCAGUGUAGGCCUUGGGCUGUAGUCACUUAGCCUGUCCUCCCUCUGGGGUUGCGAGUGGCACUUGUAAGUCAGCCCUGUCUGAGGGGAGACAGUCACACGAAGAGGACGGUGGGGCUGGGGGCUGUGGCGAGUGACGGGAUUCCAUUCAGUGAUGAGCCUGAGCCCGGGGGGACCCUGGAGACUAUGUCCAGACACACGCUCUGCUAUCUCUGGUCGCUGCUGGCAAGGGCACCAUCACCACGUGAGGCCCUGGGCCUGCGCCUUCCGAACCAGGAGCCAUGAUCAACGUUGUUUCUAGAUGCUCGCAGAGCUGGCUCAGCACCCGUGGGUGCCUCUUGUUCCCCUGGGAGGGAGCCCACCCUGUUUCUCGUGCAGUGAAAUCCCAGCCGUCCUGUGUGCAGGCUCCCGUGAGACAUCAUCUCGAUGUCUCAGCACAGAGACCUGAGUUGCUCACCAUUUGGUGAAGAAACGGAACAUCAUCAAAAAUGAAAAUUUCUCCCUUUGUUUCUUCUUAUUUGGUAAAACCAAUCUAUUUGAAUAACUUCAGAUGCUUCACAGUGCUAGUUUAAACGGGAUGCCGUAUUGUGUUGAAUAAUGUUUUAAAAUCAGAGACAUAGUUUGGAAAGACUCUCUCUCUUCCUUGGUGUUUACAAAUUCUAGCCACAAAGUCGUUAUUUUACCUCCAAGUAGUGAAGGGGGUUUUUAUCGUGCAACAUGAAGUGACACGAGCACAGUUUUGUGACUCUCAACUCUGUCACUGAGCGCCAUACUGACUGAGCAGUCUGCAGAAUGUUCGUUGUCAGACGUCGCCAGUGUGGAUUCUGUGGGUGGCCUGUGACGUCGUCUCCACUGCCGCGUGGCUGCAGGAGCCCGCGUGGGGCCUGUUUCUGCCUCCCCAUGGCCCCCACCAGCCUGAAAAGCUGUCGGUCAGCGGAGGGCACCCACAGAAGACCACAGUCUAAGAGGGCACCCACAGAAAACCACAGUCUAAGAGGGCACCCACAGAAGACCACAAUCUGAUGCAGGUGCAGUGGGGUCCACUGACCAGGAUGCCACAGUGAAGUUUUAUCUCAAGGAACAGUCCAUUUAGAGGGACAAAUUCAAUCUGAAAAAGUAACUUUUGAGACUGAGUACCCAGUUCUCUAACCAGCUCUCUGGACCUGAGAGCCAGCCCUCUUGGCUGUGUCUGCAGAAGGGUUGGCGUUUGUGGAGGCUGUCCUCGUCCUCGGUGGCCCGGGGCCCCGCCCCCGAAAGCAGACACAUCCUGUGCAGGGGGAGGGACAGGUGGGAACACCUUGCCGUCCUCAGCCCUCGGUCCAUCAGGCCUGAAGGCCGGCUGCUAGUGGUACGUGCUUGGCACAUGAGACCCACUCGGGGCCGGAAGGUGGCCCUAACAUUGGUCCUGGGCUGGAAUUCUGCUUGUCACCAGCAGAGGGAGAUUCAGUGACCCCUGUGUUCCUGGUUUAUCCAGUUGACAGCACAUUGUCUGAAGAGAGGCAGUUCUGGGUUUUUUAAUUUGCACGCUCUCCUGAAAGGUGUUAGGUCACACAUACUCACAUAGUGAGGCACACGCCUGGGUGGCCUUGGUGGGCUCAGAGCUGUGCAGCCACCACCAUGAUCGCGAUCGUAGUAGCACAGCGUCAUUGCCCAGUAGAGGUUCCCGGACCAUCAGUGGCCCCUCCCACCCUCUCUUCCUCCCGGAUGUCCGCUGGGCCCAGGCAGCCCCUCGUCUGCUCCUCACUGUACAUUGGACCCUGGAGAUGCCAUCUCACUCCUCGCUACCUGCACUUGUGUCUCCCUUGAUCACCGCUCCCCUCUCCUCCCCCACUUCGCACCCAAGCCCUUGGUGAGCACCUCUCUGCUCUCCUUCCGGGAGGUCACACGGUGAGAACAUGCCUGUGUGUCUGUUUCACUUAAGUGUGUUUUGGCAGGCUCCUUCCUCCGUGUAACUGGGAAUAACCAUAACGCGGUAUUUUAAAUUAAUAACUUAGUUUUGAUCACGUAAGAACAACAAAAAAAUCGAUUCUAUGACUCUGCUCACCCCUCGCAUUUUGAAUUUUUUUCAAGUGCUUAUUUCCAUCUACAUAAAUGAGAGAGGUCUGUCUGCUGGCUCACUCCCCAGAUGCCUGCAACAGCUUGGGCCAAGCUGAAGCUGCAUCCCAGAACUGUCUGGGUUCCCCACAUGGGCCGCAGGGGCCCAAGUACUUGAGCCGUCGUCUGCUGUCUCCCAGCAUGCAUCAGCAGGACCUGGAUCAGAAGCGGAGUAGCCAGAACUCAGACUGGCCCCAGAUCAGGAGUGUGGUGUCCCAAGUAACAUUUUAACCCACUGUGCCACCGUGCCACCCCUGCAUUUUGAGUUUUAUUCUUAGAAGAUCUAUUUUAUUUACUUGAAAGUUACAGAGAGAGAGGUAGAGACAGAGUGGUCUUCCAUCCACUGGUUCACUGCCCAAAUGGCCACAGCAGCUGCAGCUGAGCUGAUCCGAAGCUGGGAGUCAGGAGCUUCUGGGUCUCCCAUGUGGGUGCAGGAGCCCAAGGACUUGGGCCAUCUUCCACUGCUUUCCCAGGCCACAGCAGAGAGCUGGAUCGGAAGUAGAGCAGCCUGGACUCAAACCAGCACCUACGUGGGAUGCUGGUGCUACAGGCUGGGGCUUUAACCCGCUGUGCCAUAGCACUGGCCCCCAUUUGGAAUUUUUGUUGUCGCAAUUUACAACCUUUUUUAUUGCCUAUAUCCCAUAACCAGUUACUGUAGUUAUUAUUUUUAAUAGUCUUAUUAUAUACUUAUUGGAGUGUUCCCUCCAUGAGUUCACUCCCAGACGCCUGCAGCUGCUGACUAAGCUGGGCUGAAGGUGGGGCCUGGAAUUCAGUCCGGGUCUCCCAGCGGCGUGAGCCGUCACCGCUGGCCCCCUGGUCUGCAUGAGCAGGAAGCUGGAGCCAGGAGCCCAGGCCAGCCGCUCUGUUACGGGAUGUGGGCAUCGUAACUGGCAUCUUUUUUUUUUUUUUGACAGGCAGAGUGGAUAGUGAGAGAGAGAGACAGAGAGAAAGGUCUUCCUUUUGCCGUUGGUUCACCCUCCAAUGGCCACUGCGGCCGGCACACCGCGCUGAUCUGAAGCCAAGAGCCAGGUGCUUCUCCUGGUCUCCCAUGCGGGUGCAGGGCCCAAGCACUUGGGCCAUCCUCCACUGCCUUCCUGGGCCAUAGCAGAGAGCUGGCCUGGAAGAGGGGGCAACCGGGACAGAAUCCGGCGCCCUGACCUUGACUAGAACCCGGUGUGCCGGCGCCGCAAGGCAGAGGAUUAGCCUGUUGAGCCACGGCACCGGCCACGUAACUGGCAUCUUAACCACCAGGUCAUACACCCACCCCAAUAGUUUUUAUUUUCAUUUUCAUACUAGAGAGUUGAGUGACUUACAGAUCACGAUUGCAGUAUUAGAGCAUUCUGAAUUUGUGCUUUAAUAAGUUUAUACCACCAGCCAGAUGUUCUUGUCUUACUCGUUAGCCUCGUUUCAGUUUGAAGAUCUCUGGUUAGCAAGUCUGACGGUUGUGAGCUCCCUCAGCUUGGGUUUGCCAAAGUCAGGUUUGAAGGAUACGUGCUGGGCACAGCAUUCUUGGUGGCAGUUUUCUUCAGCCGGCUGUGUCGCCCGUUCCUUCCGCGCCUGCAGGAUUCCUGCUCAGACCUCUGCGGUGAGCAGUUUGGGCCCCUUGCUGAUUUCCGCCCACUGCCUUCAGGACCUCCUCUUUGUUUUUGACCUUGACAGUUUGACUGUAGUGCGUCGUGGGGUAGUCUGUCUUGGGUUCAAUCUGAAUUUCGGUGUCUGUUGAGUUCUCCGAUAAUUUCUGAUUUGUUUCUGGUGUUUUCUUGACAUUCUCGGACCUUCCUUAAGACAGCUUUGAACCUGUUCCCAGGAAGAUCACCGUCACCAUCUCUUCCGACCAGCCGUUAGCACCUUACGCUGUCUGCUUGGUGAUGUCGUGUGUCGUGAGAGUCGCGUGUUCGCUGGGAGUUCCCCGAGAUGAGCCCGGGAGUAGGCUGCUGGCGGGAGUGUGAGCUGAGACCCCUCUGCUGGAGGCCAGCUUCGUAUUAUUGAGCAUGGGACGUCUUAGAACGUCUGUCCCCUUCGACUCAGUACUUCCGCCUGCUGGGAUUCACACCCGGAUCAUGAUCAGACGUGUUCCGGCACAGCGACACCAAAGGCACGGGAAAUAGACUGUGACCCAAGGGGUGAUUGAUUUGGCCUGUGGUCUGGUUUCACACUAAGAAUAACGUGGCAGGAGAAGCGGCCUGCGUGGCGCCGUGUUUGACUUCUGGUAACAAAGCAGCCAGACGCUGGUAGCAGUGAUGGAAGCGGACUGGGAGCAGGACCGCGGCGUCCCUGGCUCCGUGUGGGUGCUUCUCGUUGCAAUCUGUACGUGUGUGCGUUUUCUAAAGAUGCUACAGCCAGUUUUGUACAAAAGUCAUUUUUA